UCAACAGUUGAUUCUCCAACGUUGCUCAAAGUGCAACAAACUCGGAAAUAAAGCGCUUAAAUAUCGGUAAAGCAUGGAGUUCUUCGUCAGUACAGCUUUUGUGAUUUUGUGCGGCUUGAGUCAACUCAUCACAGUUAAUGGCGAGUUUGUGAAAUGUCAGACACCGAAUGGCUCAGCUGGCAGCUGCAAACUAAUAGAUGCCUGCGAAAGUAUUUAUAAACUUGCCACAAGAGACUAUCUUACUGAAGAUGAAAUGCACUUUUUACAACAGAGCAAAUGCGGCGUUGCGAACAACAAACCAAUUGUGUGUUGCCCAACAUUUGAAAAGCCUUCAAUGCCCACAGAGACAAGCACAACCAGAACAACAACAACAACAACAAAAACCUUAUCCCCAACCACCACCACCAAAAGUGAAGUGAUCUCGGGUGAAAUAUGUCGAACCCCAAAUGGUACGCUUGGCGAAUGCAAAGCGUGGGAAAAUUGCGACUCUCUAUGGAAUCUUCAUCAAAUGGAACACUUAACACAAGAGCAGUUAACAUUUUUAGAUGAAAGCGAAUGUGAAACAUCGGAUAUGGACAAAGACUUUGUGUGCUGCCCAGAAGACGGCGAGGAACAUAAUCAAGCAGAAGUUAAAAAGAGUUCAGCUUCUAAUUCAUGUCAAACAUCGAACGCAGAAGAGGGUGAUUGUGUACGUAUGGAAGAGUGUCAAUAUCUCACUGCGAAGAAGGAAGCUGACAUCCUGUUUUUGAAAAGAAACAGAUGUGGGUCUGAUGUGAAUUCUCGAAAUAUAUGCUGUCCGAAACACAAGCCAGAUAAAGUAAUAGGAGAACUAAAAGUUCGUACAGUCGGUAAUGAUGUUGCCUCAUUUGAACCAUGCGUGACGUCAUAUAUGAAGAAAGGCGAGUGUAUGCCGAUACGGAAUUGCAGCAUUUUGCUGAAUCUGGUUCUGAAACCGGAUAAGACGGAUGCAGAUAUAGUUUUCUUGCAGAGUAAUCAAUGUGGAUAUGUCAACAAUAGUCCACUUGUGUGUUGCCCAACAUUUGAAAAGCCUUCAAUGCCCACAGAGACAAGCACAACCAGAACAACAACAACAACAACAACCUUAUCCCCAACCACCACCACCAAAAGUGAAGUGAUAUCGGGUGAAAUAUGUCGAACCCCAAAUGGUACGCUUGGCGAAUGCAAAGCGCGGGAAAAUUGCGACUCUCUAUGGAAUCUUCAUCAAAUGGAACACUUAACACAAGAGCAGUUAACAUUUUUAGAUGAAAGCGAAUGUGAAACAUCGGAUAUGGACAAAGACUUUGUUUGUUGUCCCAAAGACAUACCGAAACUGGAAGAAGCAGCACAAAUCGCAACACCAGCUUUCGCAGCUCCCACUCCAGAUCUGAAUGAAUGUCAAACUCCUAAUGGAGUCGCUGGAACUUGCAUUUCCAUUAUCACUUGCGAUUCUUUAAUGAAAAUUAUGAAUAAAAGUGAUUUCUUAAAUAACGACGUUAAGUAUUUGAAAGCCAGUUUUUGCGCAGAUGCAGAUAAUUUUCCGAAGGUUUGUUGUCCCAACGACAUGUCAAUGCCUGCGGAAGCCAAUUUACCCAUGCCGCCAUACUGCGGAAGAGUAGUGGCAGAGAAUGUUACUGAUGUAGUUGCUGUUAGAACCACAGAUAUCGAUGAAUACCCCUGGACGGCAUUGCUCAUCUACACAAACGCAAGGGGCCGACUAAGUUUUCGCUGUGGUGGGACACUUAUCCAUGAACGUUAUGUUCUCACUGGGGUGCAUUGCCUCAUAGAGGAGUCUGCGUCUAGCACGUUAACUGGCGUGCGUUUGGGCGAGUGGGCUACACAAGCGAAAGUGGAUUGUCAAAGUAAGGAGCAGCAUUCCGAAGUCUGUGCGCCGCCACAUAUCGAUAUGGGCGUGGAAAAAUUAACUAUGCACCCAGAAUACGACUCUUUGAAUAACGAAAUAGCACUGCUGCGUUUGGCCAGCGCGGUGCAAUUCACCCGAUUUUUAAGUCCAAUCUGUUUGCCCUUUGAGAUUAGUCAACAGUCGCGUAUAGUUGAAGGUACUACUUUACAUGUAGCCGGUUGGGGUGCAACCAGUAAUGGCGAAUUGAGAAACCUUAAAAUGACGUCUACUGUUACGGUUGAAAAUUUAGCAGAAUGUAUUCGCCUGUUCAGGACCAGUGGCUUAGUUAACCUGACGCCAGAACACAUUUGCGCCGCUGGUACGAGUGCAGCAGAGAGCGUAGUUCAUGACUCUGGCGGCGCGCUUAUGUCCAUGCAAGAGAUUGGAAAAGUUCAAUCGUAUUUUUUGGUUGGCAUUGAUACUCUGAGUUAUGAGUAUGCACUGCAGCGGGACUUUCCAGGUCUUUAUACACGUAUUAACGCCUAUCUGGAGUGGAUAAAAAACGAAAUCGAAAAUAAUUAAGUUGUAGAAAUAUUUAUUUUUUAUGUUAGAGUGGAACUUUGUUCCCAAAAUUUAAUUUAAAAAGCAAGUAUUAUAAUCUUGCAUUCUGUAAAGAAAAAAGUCUUUUCUAUAAGUAGGACUUCUGUUAAGAAAGUGGGCGAACUUUCUCAUUCAAAAGAACCGCGCUUGCGGUAUUGUCAAAAUACAUUUUUUUUCGGCUGAAGGCCUCGUAGCUAGUACUGCCUUUAUACA